CAGACAGCGGUGCUGGGGUGCAGUCAGACAUGGAGGGACAUGUGGGAGGGGGUCUCAAGGACCAGGAGAGGACCCAGGAGAGGGGUCUGGGGAUGGGAGGGGUGUUGGCGAAUCUUGAGUGUGUGGCCCUCGGCAGCAGCCUCCCUGGCAUGGGGGUGAAGCGGAGCCUUCAGAGCGGGGGCACCUUGCUGGGCUUCUUGGCCCAAAUCCUCACGAUUCUCUCCACUGCCACCAACUACUGGAUCCGCUACCCCGGGGGCCACAGUGGCUUGUGGCAGGAGUGUAACGGCGGCAUCUGCUCCAACAUCCCCUGCCAGACCAUGCUGGCGGUGACCGGGGCGUGCAUGGUGCUGGCGGCGGGCUCCGGCAUCGUGGGUUUGGUGAUGGGGCUGCGGAUUCUGUGCCACGAGGGCGACUCGCGGGGCCAGACUACGAGCGGCAUCUUCUUCCUUUACGGCUUGCUGCUGCUGAUCGCCUUGACAGGCUACACCGUGAAGAACGCGUGGAAAAACGACGUCUUCUUCUCGUGGUCCUAUUUUUCGGGGUGGCUGGCUUUACCCUUCUCUAUUCUCGCGGGUAACCUGGACAGCGGGAAGAGGGUGGAGGAGACUGCCCAGAGGAUCCCCUUCCCCGCAGACUCCCAGCCGCCCUCGCAGGGACUCCUCAAUACACUCCGCUCCCGACUCCCGCAGACCCGGCAGGGGCGCCCUUGGGGCCCCAAACCCCAGUCCCCGGGGCGCUCCCGGCCAUCUGCCCCAGGACCCACCGUCCCCCACCCGCCCUCCGCUCCGCUCCCGCCAGGCUUCUGCUUUCUGCUGGCGGACAUGAUCAUGCAGAGCACCGAUGCCAUCAGUGGAUUCCCCGUGUGCUUGUGACCGCAGCCUGGGGCAGAAUAAAGGAACGGCUUUCACCGCCGCGGCUCCGCGUGCCUUUCUGGGGACCGUGAGGACACGCGGGACACGAACGCACGCGGAAACAUGGAUACGAAGAGGACGGGGGAUUGGGACACGGGGGUCCCUGGGGGUUCACGGUGGACAUAAGCACGUUAACCUGUAGGGAACGAGGAACAUGGGGACACGAACAUGGACGGAGUGGACAAGGCGCAUGGGCUCGGAGGGGGGACGGGGCACAGGGGUGGUGGGGUCAGGAGAGCACAUGGGCUCUUGGAAGGGAUGUAGGGACAUGGACGCGGGAACACGGAUAGAGGGGAACGUAAGAGGCAUGAUCGUGGGACGAGGAACAUGGCGAGAAGAGAAUGGGGAGACAGACACAAGAGGACUCAGGGAAUGCGGGCAUAGCGACUUGCGGAAGCGAGGGAAACGUGGGGAACCGGGGGAGGGGUAAAUCCGAGGGCGUUGGGAAAAGUUUAGGAGGCCUGGGGGAAGCUCCCGGCUCCUCCCUAUGCGCACGACCUUUCCCCUAGUUCCCGACCACGCCCCCUUCACUAAGUCCUUUUCCCUUCCCCUCAGGUCCCGCCUCUUUCUCCAGAAUCCGUUCUCCAUUGGUCCGAAUCCUCUUGCCACACCUCCCUCCCCUCCGGGCCUCCGAUUG